CUACACAGAAUAUUCAGUAUCGAAGGGCAAUGAUUAUUAUUCGACAUUGUAACAGAACGCAUCAGGCAGGACUAGGCUGUGAAAAUGGCUACUUGUAUGUCCCUAGCAGCCACCCCAGUACUUCUGUUGGUGAAUGUGACAACGUACAUCUAGAAGAUGUGACAGACAGAACACAGAACGAGAGGACAACUGAAGUUGUGAGAACUGGAGGAACUACAAGUAAAGAAUAUAAGAUGCCUGCUUUGAUAGAUCUAAUUUUACCGAGCUGUGCGUGUAUCAUUGUUACAGUUGGAGUGUCAAUUUUCUGCGUCUACACAAAAUGUCAGAAGUCUAAAAACGGUAAGGAAGAUGUGGAAAUGAUGGAGCGCAAGGGCACAAACAAAUCCAGGAAUCAAAGGGAAGUUAAACCCCUAAACACGUAAAAUGUGUGGUUCCUCACACCCUAGUGUGACAACAGUGAUUAGAUAUAACCACGUCUGCAGUGUAAUAGGAUAUUUACUGUCUACCUUUAGAGUGACGUCAUCGGUAAAUUAUAAAUUUAGGAAUCUAAAUUUAUAUUGAUAAUACCGUGAAUACUCAUCA